UCUUCUUCUUCUGCUUCUUCGUUGAUUCAUCUAUAGCGGUAUAUGAGCAUAUAUGCUGCGCUGUGUUCGACAUGGCAUCUUCGGUGCAGGUGUCGAAACAGAGCAUCACCGUGCAUGAAUUCUGCUGCCGCCCUUCUCGGGCACCGGCCUUGUAUGGGGUUGCGUUUCGACGUAGAACGUCGCCGGUGGGCGUGCAGAAGGUCGCAGCUAGGCGCGCCGUGGUUGCGGAGUGCAGGCCCUCGCUCGGCCGCAUGUGGAGGGAGAUCCAAGGAUCGGAUAACUGGGAUGGCCUGGUCGAGCCCCUCAACCCCCUCCUCCGCGACGAGAUCGUGAGGUACGGGGAGUUCGUCGUCGCGUGCUACAAGGCCUUCGACCUGGAUCCCAGAUCGAAGCGGUACUUGAACUGCAAGUACGGGAAGAAGAGCCUGCUCCCGGAGGUCGGCAUGGGGUCGACGGGCUACGAGAUCACCAAGUACAUCUACGCCACUCCCGACAUCAGCUUCCCCACCCAGAACGGCAGUACUUGUCGCAGCCGGUGGAUCGGCUACACAGCGGUUUCGUCGGACGACGAGGUCAGGAGGCUCGGGCGGAGGGACAUCCUCGUCGCCCUGCGGGGCACCGUCACCCACGCCGAGUGGAUCGCAAACUUCAUGAGCGCGCUCACGCCGGCGCGUCUGGACCCCAACGACCCCCGCCCCGGCGUGAAGGUCGAGUCCGGCUUCCUCAGCCUCUACACCUCAUACGACAGCAGCAGCAGGUUCAGCAGCGGGAGCUGCAGAGAGCAGAUGUUGGCGGAGGUAUCACGCAUCAUCAACACGUACAAAGACGACUACCUAAGCAUCACAUUGGCCGGACACAGCAUGGGGAGCUCCCUAGCCGUGCUGUUCGGCUACGACCUCGCGGAGCUCGGCCUGAACCAGGCGACACCGAUCGCGGUGUACUCGUUUGGAGGUCCGAGGGUCGGCAAUCUGGGAUUCGAGGAGAGGUGCGAGGAGCUCGGCGUGAAGGUGUUGAGGGUGGUGAACGUGAACGACCCCAUCACGAAGAUGCCCGGCGUUUUGCUAAAUGAGCGCAUGCGUGCAGUAGCGGAGAAAUACGAGCUCCCAUGUUAUGCUCAUGUUGGAGUCGAGGUAGCACUGGACUUCUUCAAGAUGAACAACCCUGUACAUGUUCACGACAUGGAAGCCUAUCUUGGAGCACUGAAGUGCCCUAAGGAGGCGACCAAUCAGGGUAACAGUGGCACCAAUCUCGUGAGCAAAGCCAGAAGAUUUUGGAGGGGACAAAACUUUGAUGCAUGGCAAUGGCAGGAAGCCGCAACGCAUCUAGGGAACUUGGUGAAGUCUCUAAGAGCCGGAGGCCAAAUAGAGCCACGAGUUCAUAGGAGGUGAUGAUGAGACGAGGCAUGAAAAGUUAUAACAUGCAGUAUAUAAUGCAUCGAAACCCUUUAUC